UAGUUUGAAUGAAUUAGAAGAAUUUAUUGGUAAAACAGAUGCUAAUUUAAAACGACCAAUUAAAGAAGGUGAUUAUCAAACACUUGUUGAAAUCAUGGCUCAUUUAGCUGCUAUUAAACAACGUGAAGCAUCCACAGAUGCUAUGUUUGUUCCAAUGAAAGAAACAAUUGAGUUAUUAAAAUCAUACAAUCAAGAAUUACCAGAAGAAGUCCAUAAACAACUUGAAACACUACCAGAAAAAUGGCUCAAUUUGAAACGAAAUUAUGUGGCCAUGCGUCAAAAUGUAGCACCAUUACAAGCAAAUGAAGUAACCAAUAUUCGUCAAAAAUUAACACAAUUUGAUACAAAACAAACACAAUUUCGUGAUACAUUCAAAGCAAUAGCACCCUAUGCCUAUGAUACUAUUAAUUCUUAUAUAAAAAUUGAUCGUGUUAAUCGUGAUCUAGUCAAAAUGGAAAAAGAUAUGCAAACUCUUAUGAAAUCAGCAGCAUUAUUCGAAGUAUCAUUUCCAGAUUAUAAACUCAUUAAACAAUGUCGAAAAGAUACAAAAUUAUUGAAACAAUUAUGGGAUUAUAUUAGUUUGGUAAGAUUUAGUAUGGAUGAUUGGAAGUCAACGAGAUGGCGUGAAAUUAAUGUUGAACAAAUUGAUAGUGAAAUAAAAAAAUUUCAAAAAGAUAUUAAACUAUUAGAUAAAGAAAUGCGUUCAUGGAAUGCAUACAUUGGUUUAGAACAAAUUUUAAAAAAUAUGAUCACUUCAUUACGAUCAAUAACAGAAUUACAAAAUCAAGCAAUUAGAGAACGACAUUGGCAAGAAUUAAUGGAUACAACAGGUGUACAAUUUUCAAUGACAACUCAAACAACAUUUGAAGAAUUAUUAAAUUUAAAUUUACAUAAUUUUGAAGAAGAAGUACGAAAUAUUGUUGAUAAAGCAGUAAAAGAAAUGAGUAUGGAAAAAACAAUAAAAGAUAUUGAAAAUACAUGGACAACAAUGGAAUUUGGUACUGAUUUACAUCCAAGAACACAAAUUAAAUUAUUAACAGCUAGUGAUGAAUUAAUUGAAACAUUAGAAGAUCAUCAAGUUCAACUUCAAAAUAUGCUUCAAUCAAAAUAUAUUGCUUUCUUUCAAAAUCAAGUAUCAUCUUGGCAAAAAAAAUUAAGUCAAGGUGAUCAAGUCAUUCAAAUAUUACGUGAAGUACAAAAAACAUGGUCUCAUUUGGAAUCAAUAUUUAUUGGCACUGAAGAUAUACGAAAACAAUUGCCAGAAGAUUCAAAACGUUUUGAUGAAAUUGAUCGUGAUUUUAAACAUGUUGCAGAAGAGAAUACACGAGAUUUGAAUGUUAUACGUUGUACAAAUCGUCCAAAAGCCUAUGAAGAACUUGAAAGUAUUAAAGCACGUUUAGCUUUAUGUGAGAAAGCAUUGGCAGAAUAUUUGGAAACAAAACGUUUAGCAUUUCCAAGGUUUUAUUUCGUUUCACCCGCUGAAUUAUUGGAUAUUCUAUCAAAUGGCAAUGUACCAGAAAAAGUCAUGCGUCAUCUAAGUAAACUAUUUGAUUCCAUAGCACGUCUUGAAUUACUUGAGGAUAAACAGGGUAAUAAAAUAAAAGAAGCAGUUGCAAUGUAUUCAAAAGAAUCGGAAAAGGUCGAUUUUCCAUCAUCGUGUGAUCUCAAUGGUCAAGUGGAAAGCUGGCUCAAUAGAUUGUUAGAUAAAAUGCGUGAAACAGUCAGAUAUUGGUUAUCGGAAGCAAUCAAUGCUUAUGAAGACAAACCAAGAGAACAAUGGAUAUUCGAUUAUCCAGCACAAAUAGCCUUGACUGGAAGUCAAAUAAGGUGGACUUCGGAGGUGAAUUCAGCAUUUGCUCGCCUUGAAGAAGGUUAUGAAAGUGGACUAAAAGACUAUUUCAAAAAAGCCGUUGCUCAAUUAAACGCUCUUAUUGAAUUGUUAUUGACCAAUUUACCACCAUUAGAACGACAAAAAAUUGAAACUAUUUGUACAAUUGAUGUACAUGCAAGAGAUGCUGUGGGAAAAAUGGUUCAGGCGAAGAUUGAAAGUGGUAACGAAUUUCUCUGGCAAUGUCAGUUGCGUCAUCGAUGGGAUGAAAGAGAAAAAGAUUGUUUUGCUAAUAUCUGUGAUACUCAAUUUCGUUAUGCACAUGAAUAUUUAGGAAAUCAACCUCGAUUAGUUAUUACACCAUUAACAGAUAGAUGUUACAUAACACUAACACAAUCAUUGCAUUUGGUAAUGGGUGGUGCACCUGUAGGACCGGCUGGAACUGGUAAAACGGAGACAACAAAAGAUCUUGGACGAGCAUUAGGUGUGAUGGUCUAUGUCUUUAAUUGUUCGGAACAAAUGGAUUACAAAUCAAUCGGAAACAUCUACAAAGGUCUCUCACAAACGGAUGCUUGGGGUUGUUUUGAUGAAUUUAAUCGUAUAUCGGUUGAAGUAUUAUCCGUAGUUGCUGUUCAACUGAAAACUAUUCAAGAUGCUAUCAGAGAUAAAAAACCACGUUUCAAUUUUAUGGGAACAGAUAUCGCUUUAAAUCCAAAUGUUGGUUUAUUUAUUACAAUGAAUCCUGGAUAUACUGGUCGUACUGAACUACCAGAAAAUUUGAAAGCCUUGUUUCGUCCAUGUGCUAUGGUCGUACCUGAUAUCGAAAUGAUUUGUGAAAUUAUGUUAGUGACAUCAGUUUUUAAAGAUGGAAAAUUAUUAUCGUGUAAAUUUAUAACAUUGUACAAUUUAUGUAAAGAAUUGUUAUCAAAACAGAUUGCGGUAAAAUCUGUGUUAGUAGUUGCUGGAGCACUAAGACGUGCUGAUCCUGAUCGUCCUGAACGAGAAGUAUUAAUGCGUGCAUUACGUGAUUUUAACAUACCAAAAAUAGUUCACGAUGAUUUACCAAUUUUUACGGGUCUAAUUGGUGAUUUGUUUCCAGCAUUUGAUGUUCCAAGAACAAAAGAAUCUUCUGGUUUUGUUCAGUUGAAAGAAUUAUUUGAAGUAAGACAUUCACUAUUCACUGUGGGAAAUGCUGGAACAGGCAAGAGUCAAAUAUGGAAAAUAUUAAAUCGAACUUAUACAAAUCAAAAACGUCGUCCAGUUGCAAUUGAUUUAGAUCCAAAAGCUGUAUCAAAUAAUGAAUUGUUUGGUUUUAUGAAUCCAGCUACGCGUGAAUGGAAAGAGGGUCUAUUUUCCACUGUUAUGCGUGAUAUGGCCAAUAUGACACAAGAUGGUCCUAAAUGGAUUGUGCUUGAUGGUGAUAUCGAUCCAAUGUGGAUUGAAAGUUUAAACACUGUUAUGGAUGAUAAUAAAGUACUUACAUUGGCUAGCAAUGAACGUGUACCGUUGAACGCAACAAUGAGAUUGUUAUUUGAAAUUAGUCAUCUAAGAACAGCAACGCCAGCUACUGUCUCCAGAGCUGGUAUAUUGUACAUUAAUCCUCAAGAUCUUGGCUGGGGUGCGCAAGUUGCAUCAUGGAUAGAUCUACGACAAGUUCAAGGUGAACGAGCAAAUUUACAGAUAUUAUUUGACAAAUAUUUACCAAUUUGUAUGGAUAUGUUGAAGUCAAAUCGUUUCAAAAAAAUAACUCCAUUAGUCGAUGGUUGUCAUGUAUGGAUGUUGUGUCAUUUACUUGAAUGUCUACUAACACCAGAAAAUAUGCCACCAGAUUCAUCAAAAGAACAAUAUGAACAAUAUUUUCUUGUUGAUCAUCGAAUUGAGUUUAGUCGUUGGUGGUUAACCGAAUUUAAAACAAUUAAAUUUCCAGUAUUACCUAAUACAACCGUCUUCGACUAUUAUAUUGAUCCAGAAACAAAAAAGUUUGAAUUAUGGAGUAAAAAAGUGCCAAAAUUUGAAUUAGAUCCGGACAUUCCGUUACAAUCUGCUUUAGUACCCACAAAUGAAACGGUUCGAAUUCGAUACUGGAUGGAUUUAUUAAUGGAACGUGGCUAUCCUGUCAUGUUAGUUGGUGGAGCAGGAAGUGGUAGGUAA